AUGGCAUCAUUAGAUAUUAGUGAUCCAGAUAUUACAAAAUAUAUUAAAUUAGUUCAAGAUGGUAAUCCAGCAAAUCGUUGGAUUGUUUUUUCAUAUGUACCAAAAUCAAAUAACAAAAUUAAAUUUUGUGAUAGUGGAUCAGGUGAUUUGAAAGAGUUGAGAGAGGAAUUAGAUGAUUCAAGUAUUCGUUUUGCUUAUAUUCGUUUUGUUAUUAAUAAUAUGCCAAAGUUUGUAUACAUUCCAUGGUGUGGUGAUGGUGUAAACGGACCAAUCAAAGGCGCUUUCAGUGGACACGCAAUCGAAUUUUCAAAAUCUUUCAAACCAAUUCAUCAUCAAGUUAACGCUCGUUCAGAGGAAGAUAUCGACGAGAAAGCAAUCACCGCUGCAUUGAACAAAGCAACUGGUGCCUCAUACGAUAGUGGUUCAAAGGUACAAGGUGCUACCAAAGGUACCUUCAUUCCACAAUCGGUUAGUCAAGGUAGAGAAGCUGCAACCAAAUCAAAUGCUGAGGUUAAAAAUGUCAUCAACAAAAACGAUUAUAACAAAAUUCAAGAAUCUGCAGAAUAUUGGAAACAAAAUCAAGCAAAUAAAUCUGAACCAGCCAAACCAACUCGUCCAGAAUAUAAUUUAUCCACCGAAAGAGAUGACUAUUGGAAACAACAACAAGCAGAGAAACAAAAACAACAACAACAACAACAGCAACAACAAGCAUCAAGAGUUAAUGCUCCACCACCAUCUCGUACUGUUGGUAAUAAAUUCCAAGAACAAGUUUCAAAACCAACUGAAACUGCUCCACCACAACCAAGACCUGCUCCUUCAAAAGGAAGUGUUUUAAAUCGUUUCCCAGCUGCAACUCAACAACAACAAGAACCACCAGCUCCAUCACGUCCAGCUGCUCCAGUACCAUCACGUGUAAAUAAACCAGCUGCACCAGUCCAACCAGUUUAUCAAGAACCAGUUCAUGAAGAACCACAAUAUGAAGAACCACAAUAUGAAGAAGAACAACAACAACAAUAUGAAGAGCAACCAACUGAAGAACAACAAUAUUAUCAAGAAGAACCACAACAACAAUACGAAGAACAACCAACUGAAGAACAACAAUAUUAUCAAGAAGAACAACAACAAUAUGAAGAACAACCAACCGAAGAACAACAAUAUUAUCAAGAAGAGCAACAACAAUACGAACAACCAACUGAAGAUCAACAAUAUUAUCAAGAAGAACAACAACAAUAUGAACAGCCAGCUGAAGAGCAAUACGAUCAAAGUGGUUAUCUUCAAGCUAAAGCACUUUACGAUUAUAAUGGUGAAAAUGAUGGUGAUCUUUCUUUCAGAGAAGGUGAUAUCAUUACAAUUUUAGAUCAAAGUGAUCCAGAUGGUUGGUGGCAAGGAUCUUUACCAACAGGUGAACAAGGUUUCUUCCCAUCUAAUUUCGUACAACAAUUGUAA